AUGAUCCUAGUGGCACUGGAUGGGCUGGACAUGCUGCUUGCCCAGCAGGAUCACCUCAGGAACUUCUGGAGGAUGUGGUCUGGAGCCGUGGUCGAUGCCUGCUCACCAGAGGCUAUUAAGAAGAAUCAAAUGUUGAAACAUGGUCCAGCAAUGGCAGCUAAGCCACUCUUCAAAGUUUUCAUAGACUUCAGCAUCACAAAAAGGGCCCUGGAUGAUUUGCUGUCCCACUUGUUCCUGUGGGGCCAGAUGAGGAACCUGAGGAAGCUGCACGUGUCCCAGGUUCGUGUGCCUGCCCACUCCUCCCCAGAGGAGCAGGAGUGGCUGCUUGCCCAGCUCACCUUACAGUUCCUCAGGAUGGACUGCCUGUGGAAGUUCUGUGUGGAUGCUGUCCUCCUUGAGGGCCACCUGGAGCAGGUGCUGGGGCGAGCACUUGAAAGACCCCCCCCCCCCCCCGGAGGCCCUCUAAAUAACCAACUGCCCGCUGUCAGACUCAGACUGGAAUUAUCUUGCCCAAACACUAACCAGCUCAGACACCUGGAUCAAAGAGGUAUCAAACUGACCAAUUUCAGUCCAGUGCCCCUCCAAAUUCUUCUGGAGACUAUUGCAGCCACCCCGAAGAGCCUGGACUUGGAAUCCUGUGAGAUCGCAGACUCCCAGCUCCAAGCCAUCCUGCCUGCCCUGAGCCGCUGCUCCCAGCUCAGGAUCUUGUGCUUUUUUGGGAACCGCAUCUCCAUGUCAGUUCUUAGGGACCUGCUGCUUCACACUGCCAGGCUGAGCCAGUUGAGCAUAGAACUGUACCCUGCCCCUCCUGAGAGCUCUGAUGCCCAGAGUGCCAUCCACCCAGGGAGAUGUUCCCAACUCUGUGCUGAGAUCACAGCAAUACUGAAGGACUUUAGGCAACCAAACGUCUUUGUGUUCUGUACUGUCUCAUGUCCUCAAUGUGGCCGCAUGUUCCUCUACAACCAGGGCCUCAUUAACUGUUCCUGUCCAACAGCUGCCUAG